AUGAAUAACAGCAUGAACAACAGCAUCAACAGCAACGCCAACAUUACCAGCAGCGAUAGCGGCAACAGCAAGAGCAGUAGCAUAAGGGGAAUCCCGGCGUCUGCUGCAGCAGCAUACGAGGAGGGGCUCCAGUGCUACAGCGAGGCAGUGAAGCACUAUAAAGCAGCUGCAUCAACUGAUGCUGCUGUAUGUUUACUGCUGCGCAUAGCAGCUGCACGGGAGAAGGAAAAAACUCCAGAAUCAGCAGAAGCAGCGGCAGCAGCUUACGAGGAUGCGCUGCACUUACGUUCAGCCAGCGGAAAGCAGCAGGAAACUGCUGAGGUGUACAAACACUACAUUUGCAUGCUCGCGCUGCGUAGCAGCUUUCUGGGGAGCCCCGAGUUUGCUGCCGGUGCUGCCGCAGUAGACGCUUUCAAGCACGGUGAUGCUGCUGCUGCUGCUGCUGCUUUGGAGUCGCCCGUAUUUCGUUUGCUACUGCCACCAGUUGCAUCACUCGCUGCUCGCAUGGCAGCAGAGGCCAGAGAAAGGUGCAGUAGCAGCGCCAGCAACCCCAUUGGGGAAGUGGGCAUUGGCGCUGAGGCUAUCGAUGCGUUGCUGACCGGCUGA